AAAAGCUAUGCUUAAAUUAUAAUGUCAACAAAACUCUAAGGCUUUGCGCUCUAUCGGCGGUCAUUCAUUCAUUUUGAAUAAUUGAAAGAUAAAAGAUUCUUAAUUUACAUUUUAAUUUCAAAUGUGCGUCGAAUUUACAUAAAUGCGAAGACGCGUUUUUUUUUUUUUUGUAAAGUAGCCUGAUCGUUAAUCUGCCUAUUUGUGCGAGUGCGAAUGUGUAGGCAAAACAGAUUUUGAGAGAAGUUAUACGAGUUGUUCUGUUUUCUGUUGAUUCGCCUCUAAUUUACGAUCCACGCAAAUUUACAUCUGAGCACGGUUUUUGGCAAAACGCGCUUGUAACAGAAAAGCCAAGAACGCUGAUAUAAAUACCAGAAAAUUCUCUGGAUAAAUCAUUAUAGUUUUGGUUAAUCUACAGUGAACACAGUGGUAGUGGCUAAAGCAUAAAAAUGAAACUGUUAUUGAUCGCAUUCGCCGUGAUCGCAGUAGUUGCUGCCGAUGUCAGUCAUUUGUCCAAUGAGUACUUACCCCCAGUAAGAGAAGCUGCUCCAGUAGCUGCACCAACUAACGAAUACUUACCACCUGUACAAGAAGCUCCAGUCCGUGUUGCACCAGCUCCAGCUCCAGUUCAAGUGCAAGUUGCUGCUCCAGCUCCAGCCCCAGCUCCAGUACAAUACGCUGCUCCAGUUCAAGUUGCUGCCCCAGCUCCAGUUGAAGCUGCUCCAGCUCAUGUUCUCGCUGAUGAUGGUUACCGUUACAAGACUCACCGUCGCGUUGUAUAUCGUCGCCACCGUCGUGAUGUCAGCCAUUUACCAUCCAACGAAUACUUGCCACCAGUGCAACAAUCCGCUCCAGUAGCUGCACCAACCAACGAAUACUUGCCACCUGUACAAGAAGCUCCAGUCCGUGUAGCACCAGCUCCAGUUCAAGUACAAGUUGCUGCCCCAGCUCCAGCUCCAGUACAAUACACUGCCCCAGCACCUGCUCCAGUUCAAGUACAAGUUUCUGCCCCGGCUCCAGUUGAAGCUGCCCCAGCUCAUGUUCUCGCUGAUGAUGGUUACCGUUACAAGACUCACCGUCGCGUUGUAUACCGUCGCCACCGUCGUGAUGUCAGCCAUUUACCAUCCAACGAAUACUUGCCACCAGUACAACAAUCCGCUCCAGUAGCUGCACCAACCAACGAAUACUUGCCACCUGUACAAGAAGCUCCAGUCCGUGUAGCACCAGCUCCAGUUCAAGUACAAGUUGCUGCCCCAGCUCCAGCUCCAGUACAAUACUCUGCUCCAGCACCUGCUCCAGUUCAAGUACAAGUUUCUGCCCCAGCUCCAGUUGAAGCUGCUCCAGCUCAUGUUCUCGCUGAUGAUGGUUACCGUUACAAGACUCACCGUCGCGUUGUAUACCGUCGCCACCGUCGUGAUGUCAGCCAUUUACCAUCCAACGAAUACUUGCCACCAGUACAAGAAUCUGCUCCAGUUCAAGUUGCUGCCACUGAAUACCACUACGAACCCGUUCAAGUAGCUGCCCCAGCUCCAGUUCAAGUAGCUGCUCCAGCACCAGUUCAAGUAGCUGCCCCUGCCCCAGCUCCAGUACGUUAUGAAGCUCCUCAAGUUCAAUAUGUUGCCCCAGCCCCAGCUCCAGUUGAAGUAGAAGCUGCUCCAGCUCAUGAACUUGCUAAUGAUGGUUACCGUUACAAGACCCACCGUCGUGUUGUAUACCGUCGUCACCGUCGUGAUGUCAGCCACUUGCCAUCCAACGAAUACUUGCCACCAGUACAAGAAGCUCCAGCUGUACAAUAUGUAUCAAAUGACAUCCAAGAAUCUGCUCCAGUAGCUUAUGAACCAGCUCCAGCCCCAGUACAAUACUCUGCUCCAGUUCAAGUAGCUGCCCCAGCUCCAGUUGAAGUUGCUCCAGCUCAUGAACUUGCUGAUGAUGGUUACCGUUACAAGACCCACCGUCGUGUUGUAUACCGUCGCCACCGUCGUGAUGUCAGCCACUUGCCAUCCAACGAAUACUUGCCACCAGUACAAGAAUCUGCUCCAGUUCAAGCUGUUGCUGUACAACAAUCUGCACCAGUUCAAUAUACCGCUGUACAAGAAUCUGCUCCAGUUCAAUACGCCGCUGUGCAAGAAUCUGCUCCAGUAGAAGCUGCCCCAGCUCAUGUUCUUGCUGAUGAUGGUUACCGUUACAAGACCCACCGUCGUGUUGUCUACCGUCGUCACUAAGUCCCUACUACCAGAGCUUGUUUCACAAGAAGUUGAUUUGUGCUCAUUUUUGAGUGCAACCUUUAG